UAAUAUUUUAUUUUUAUUAGUGCUGUGUAUUUAUUUAUUACUUUAAGUCAAAAUCCGCGAGCUGUGAUAUGUUGAAGUUGGAUUAAAUUUAUUCGGUAAAAGAAUGGCGAGGAGGUCUUCGUGGUUUGCGGUAGCCCUCGUGUUGGCUCUGCUAUUUGUCACGAGUCACUGCUUGCGUGGACCUGCCACUCGUGAUGAAAUUCGAGAUACGACUGUACGAAGCCGUGGAGUUUCUCGAUUCAGUACCAAGGCCGCAAAAGGACUCGAGACCACCCCCGAGCCUUUCACCAGUACAUCUAGGUCAACACGUCGGGGUACCAAAAUAACAAAUCGUGCAAACACGUCUAUUUAUCAACGAUCGAAUGAUCCGAAGAUUGAAACAACUGAAAAAAAUACUCCAAUUUCUAAAACAGUUACGCAAUAUUUAGGGAGACGUCAGACUCCGAGAAGUGAAGUUAAUCGCGACGAUUUAACUAGAGCUGCUAGUGAGGAUCGACGAUAUUUGCCAGAGCCUACUGCUAAUAGAAAUAUUAAUAACAAUAGGAAUAAUAAUAAUAAUAAGAAUAGAGAUGAAGAAAUAAAUCUUAAAGCUCCUGAUGUUUCUCGUACAAACAGUAGAAGUCAACGAAAUUUUCCGUCUCGAAAUUCGCGAACUGAAUUUCAGAGACGAAGUGAUUCCGUUGAUCCAGUUGAUUUAGUUGAUGACGUUACUGAAAAGUCUAGAUUCAGAAGCGGAAGAAAAAUCCAGACGACGCCUACGGCAAAUUUUAAAGAGUCUAGUAGAUUUUCUUCAAGAGUUUCUUUACGAACUGCUGAAAGUUCGUCAACGUCAUCUGAACGACCAGAUAGAGUAAUUAAAAGUGACGUAAGACGUAGCACUGAAAGAAAUUCAAGAAGACAUGAUAGUGAUUUAUCAAAUUCGAAUCAAGUUAAUGUCGGAGUUUCUUUUUCCACUGAUGGCUCAACUGCUCCGAGUGUUCCUUCGAGAAGUAGAAAAGCUCUAGGAAGAUCACGAAAUGUCGCGACCGAUAAAAGUGAUAGUUCUUUAACUUCUGCACGUGGUAGUAAAAGAAUUUCUUCGAAGACAGUCGACAGAAUUGACGGUAAUUCACUUGAUGAAUCUGAGGAAUCGAAUACGAAGCGUAACCCAGAAGAAACUAAAUCUCGAAAGUCUUUUAAAAGUUCAGAAUCGACUUCCGCACAUGUUACGUCAAGCAGACGAAGUCGCGGGCGAAGUUUAGAGCCGAGAAGUGAAACGUCUGAAAAGUUUAAAAUCGAAGCUCGAUCUCGAGAUAUUGCGUCAGAUAAAAAUAAAUUAGAUCGACGCGGAAGGGUACCCGAUAAAAUAAAACUUGUGAAAUCAAAUAAUCUCGGUACUGGGUCACCGAGAUCUCGUUCUAGAUCACAAACUAAACAAUCUGUUUUAUCAACAACAGAAUCUUCCACAGAGUUUGCUACUUCAACAACAUUACUCGAAGAAGCAACAACUUUAUUUCCUUCGACAUUGCAACCGUCAACAGAAUUUCCGAGUAAUCGUCGGGCAUCAAAGUUAGCAAUAAAAACUUUGCCAAAGGAAGAUUUUUUCAACCGCGGUCUGGGUUUUCGCGGCAGAAAAUUUGUCGCACCCUCACCACCAACUUUACCUACGACUUCAACGAGCCUAGCUAGUCCCAGUUCAACGCCUACAGCUCGCGUAACACCUGCAUGGACUUUUAACCGACGUCCAUAUUUAAAAAAUAAUAAAACAGAACCAUCAGCCACAACCACCAACCCAACAACACCAUCAGCUACGACUAUCAGCAACGAAAUUUCAUCUGAUCCUCCAUCAACGACAAUAAAUCCACGGCACCGAGGGAACAAAGUUUUUAAUAAAGCUUCAGUUAUUCUAAAAGUCAACCGAGAGAUUGAAGAGAGCGAUAAUUAUCCCCCGGAAUUCAAGGCUAAACUUGCGCAAUUGAAAAAUAAUAGCGUGAAAGAAUCUGGGUCCGAGUCUUCUUCAAGGGUCAUCAAGGAUCUGACUAUCUCUCGUCAAACGCGCUCGAUCAAGCCCACAGACCCACUGGGCAAACAUACUGAUGUCAAUGAGUCUUCGGCAGGUUCUAUUUCCUCGGCGAUCCUGGAAAAUUACGAGGCAAAUGAAGGUCCAAAGAAUCUAGAGGCAGGGAACCCGAGUUUCGUUGUGAGGUCAAGGGAAAAAUUGGCAAAUGCACGGCGACAAGUCAACCCGGAGUCAGAAUCUCUGGAGAAUUCAUCAACAUCAGCAGCUUCAGUUGACGUCAGCGAUUCAAAAAAACAGCGCGCUCCUAAAAGAUACAGUAACUCAAGAUUAACAGCAUCAUCAACAACAUCAACGACUCCAGAAUCAAUUGUUACUGUAACAGCUACUAAAGUUGACGGAAGUUUUUCACGUACCAGCAAAAGCGUUGAACGAGGAAACACUAGAGUCGGAGAAACUACUCGAGUUCGACAGUAUCGUAAAGAAGUAACGCCUACAACUAAACCAGUUAUUUACAAUAAAGUAGAGAGAGUAACUGAAAAUAUAAAAGCAUUUAUUAAAUCAACUUCUACUGUACGUAAUAACGAUUCAAUAGCAACGACAGAGAAACCAUCGACUACAACCAAACGAUCACGAGCAUGGAAUGCUGUUCACAUUGAUAAGAAUUGGCAGGAACCAACAACAAAAUUAACAAGUGCUGAUAAAAUAACCACAGAAAAUCCUAUUAGUUCUUCAUCGAAACCAACUCAAAAACCUAGACACUGGAAUGCCGCUUAUAUUGAUAAAAAUUGGCAAGAACCAACUUCUAAGUCAACUAAUGCAGAAAAAACCACACAAAGUUCUAUUAGUUCUUCAUUGAAAGCAACCAAAAGACCCAGGCACUGGAAUGCCGCUCACGUUGACAAAAAUUGGCAAGAACCGUCCAGGAAACUUGACAAUAAUACCGAAAUCACAGCCGGAAUUUCGUCAAAUAAAUUUGAAAAGAAAGCUAACAAAUACUCGGUGGGUUCUAGUACUGAAAAAUUUCAGCAGACAACGGAAAAGUCUUUGAAAGUCGAAGAUAAAUUACGGAGACGUGAUUUUCGAUCGAGAACAGCAACAUACCGUCGUCAUCUUGUGUCACCUGUGUCAAUAAAUUCGCAAGAGAUAACUAGAGAUAUCAAGACGUCUGAAGAAUGGAAAGCUGAAGUUAAUAAACGCGAGAAAAUUCAAAUAGUUAAACCUGAGCCGGCAGAAAAGAAAGAGUUCGCGAGUGUUGCCAUAACACCGCGAUACCACGCGUCGAUUAAAACUGAAAACACGACACAGCGGUCGGUAAAACAAGAACCCGCGCUGAGUUUAAAACUUUCAAAUACAACCGAGAGUAAAAUUGAUUCUGAAGGAUCACUUAACUCGACUGGUAUAUCCUCGAUAAGUCGAGGCAGCAGCGGUAAUUCUGAUUCUAAUAUAUUUAAUCCGACAAAGAGCACUUAUUUGAUCAGCUCUAAUAUUAGUUUGUUAGAGCAGCUUAGAAGUACUGUUGCACCGUUGUUGAGUGUUUUGGGAGCUAAAACUCCAGAGUUUGCUGCUGCUUACAGCAAUGUUAACAACGCGAGUUUAUCAGUUCCCAGAGUGACACCAAGUGGUUCUCCUCCGAGAUUUAGCGCGAAAUAUCGUGGAGUUGAAUUCUUUGUUCGGAAACCUAGUGGUACUAAUUCAACGGGAGUUACUUCAACUACUCCACUUUCAGAUAAUCAGGCCAAGAAGCCAUCGAUACCGGUCUCGAUUUCGAGCCCGGGCGAGCCCAAAGUACUAACUUAUUACCAAGCCCUGGAGACAGUCAACAUAAAUAAUGAAAUAGAGCAGCAUCUAGGUGGAGUUGGCAAGGUAGAUGCCAACGCGAUCGUCAUUGAUAGAUACUCUAACGAUUCGAAUAACGCUUAUAACUUUACUACUGAAACAAUAGUGACGACCGUAGAGCCAGUAGUUACUAUUAUUAAGGAUGAUAAUAAUAACAAUGAUAGUGAUAAUGAUAACGAUAAUUUAACAGUGGUAAUGGAUUCCCCAUCUUUAGAUACAACAGUUCAGCCAGAAAUAACCACGAGUACUUAUACAACUACCAGUAGUUCUACCAUUAGCACACAGGCCAUGGAUAUCAGCACGAGUCCUCCUGAGACCACUGAGAUAAACCCAAGCCCUUUUGACCCUCAGUUUGUUAAUAAUUCUAGCACUGAAGGAAUUCCUGACUCUUUUAAUACUACACCGAUACUCGUAACUUCAACAAACGAUAAUUUAAUUACCACUGAAAUGAGUACUGAAGUUAGUAUGACUUCCGAAGCAGAUGUAAUUACGAGUAUCCAAGAAAUUAUUUCAACAUCUGAUGAAACUUCAACGGUAUCUACUAGCACGCAAGCGGCUAUGGAAAUUAUCAUGGCGAGUUUGGAAAAUAAAACUUCAGUUACAGAAAGCACUACAGCUUUAGUUACAGAAAGUACUGCAGUUACAGCUACAUCAGAUAUAAUAUCAACAACUUUUUCAACAACCGAUGUGUCAAUUUCUACUACAGAAUCUGCGGAAGUCACUUCAACAACUGAAAUAAUUACUGAUGCUUUAGAUACUACUAAAGUGUUACCUGAUUCACUGGAAGUUAGAUCGCAGUUGGGCGAAGCACUCAGUACCGAGAGUGCGGUAACAAUGAAUCAAACUUCGAUGGCAACCACCGAAACUUCUAGUUCCAGUGAAUCGUUUGAAAUUGACCAAACAACGUCUCCAGUUGAAACUACAUUAUCCUCAAAUGAUUUCAAUGAAACAUCCGAAGCAACGGUGACUGAUGCUCCUGAUUCAAUAAACGACGAAUUAUUGUCGUUAAUGAUGAAACGACUGAUGGAAAUUUUCUCAUUAGACGAAAAAACAACACUUUUGAAAGACAUAUCUCAGACAAGUAAUGACACUGACCCGCGAAUGUUAGGCGGGUUUAUAGACAAUAGAAAUUUAACAGACAUUGAUAAUGAUGUAGGAGUUACCAAAAAUUUGCUAGAAGGCUCGACCACAAUGUUAGAUAAUUUAAUUGAAAAUAGUUCACCCACUGUACAAAGCCCCGAGUUAUUAAAUGAAAUUUUUUCUUCGGUAGAACCACAAACUACUCAAUCGAGUACUCAAACAGAUUCUGUAAAUAAUAAAAUUACGACAAUGUCAAAUUUAGAAAUAGUAACAUCAAACCCUCAGCAAGAAAUUAAUGAAGUAGAUAUGACACUAACUAGCACGACAUACUCAUCAACUGACGUUACUACUAAUAAUGAUAUUAAUAAUAAUAAUAAUAACAACAAUAACAAUAACAAUUUAAUGACUAAUCUUAACUCAGAAAUAACUACAACAGUAGCUUACUCAGAAUUAGCUGACGAUACUAAUGUAACGACUAACUUAAAUUACGAAAUAAUAACUACAACAUUAGAGCCAGAAGUAAUAGAACCAACUCCUAACAUAGAAACAUUAGAUAUUGUAUCAACUAGUCCAGGGGAUAGUGAAGUAACGACUAAUCCAUCAACAACCAUCACAACCCGUGCCCCUGAAACCACUACCGUCGGCACGGAGGAUCCUAAUUCUGUUACGACUUUACAGGACGAAAUCACAUCAACUGCCCAAACGACGGCAAGUUUUCAACAAUCUACUACGACUCAACUCCCUCCAUCAACACCUAGUUCUCCUUCAUCAGAAUCAAUAACAACAUCCAUUCCUUCUACAACAAAUCUUCCCUCAUCCACAGACUCUACUCUUUCAAUUCCUACUACAACUGAUUCUCCAUCAACUGAAGAAUCUACAACUAUUCCUACCACCACCCAAUCAUUGACAUCACCAUCAUCAUCAUCAUCAUUACCAUCAUCAUCAACUAUGCAGACUACAACAACAGCUUUACCUGAGACAAUGACGACAGCAUCAUCAUCAGAAAUCCAGAGCACGGAUGCCAAUUCAUCAGAAUCGUUGUCAGUAACAACUCCGUUAUCAACAACAACAACAACAACAACAACAUCAACAACACUACCAACAACUGCAUACGCCGGUCGUUUUGGAGGUUCUAGAAUGACUCCAGCACCUCGUUGGAGUUCAAGUUCAUCGACAAAAACUCCUCUGCGAGACUACCACGUCUACGGAAUUUAUCCGAACAAAACGAUCGUCCGAAAACGGCCGGAGGAUAAUUUAAUAGACGCCCGAAACAUCGACAGCCCGUACGUCAUCUUUGGGAUAUAUCCAGACGGCAAGCUGGUGCGCAAGUUCCCGAAUGGAACGGUAAUACCGGACCCGCCGAGCAACCCGGUAGAAGUUGUCUUUUCGCUUAGCACAAGCACAACCACUAACAGGCCCACGCCCCAGACCCAGGUUCUACUUGAAAAUAAUAUAAAUAACAACCAGGCUAAUAUCGUUAAUCAGCAAAUGAAUAAUAACAAUGGUAACGCCACCGCGACCUCUAAUAAUCGCCCGGCAAACAUGACUCUACUCACCAAUAUUAGUGGAGACCAGAUGAAUGAUGGUUACCGUAGCCAGAUUAAUCUCGGACUAUCCGAUAAUUCUAUCAAUCCCACUGGAGCUGAUGAAGACCCUAAUCAGUUUGCCGACCCUACUUUGAUACCCAGCAUCAGUAACUUCAAUACCCAGCCCACCACUACGACAAUGAUAACAGACGCGUCGUCGCGAACAGCUGGACCACCUUUGGGCUUGACACCCUCGAGCGUAAAUUCGCAGGGUGGUCGUAUUAUUCAGGACAUUGAGAGGGACAAGGCCAGCAGGACUAAAGAGGCCGGAGGUCAACGCAGUACCGUGUACAUUGGACAGGAGAAGUUUAUCAACUACUGGACCAACGAUUCUCUCCCGUCAAAUAAUUCACGUAUCGUGAGUGUUGAAAUAAACUCUAUUUCUAGCGCAUCAAAUGAAGGUCCAGGUACUAGUUUACUGCCAUCACUGGAUAUUCUUACCAAUAAUAAUAUUCAAGGGCAAGGUAUUGAUCAGGCAAAUUAUCGGUGGAAAGAUCCCUUGGAUCAGAUCUUUGGUAUAACAACUAGACCAUCCGUUCCAUCUAACACUCCAGACGAGUCGAGAUCGGCGAUCACGGCGCGUCCCAUAAAUCCACUCUCGGAGGUCUUCACCCCCGUGUUGGACGCCAACCAGUUGGCUCGAGACACUUCGAUCACGAUCACUGAUGCAACUACCAAUACCAUCACUAGCAGCACCACCAGCAGUAGUACUUCUACUUCUACUACUACAACAAUACCAACAACUACUACUUCAACUACAACAACAACACCAACAACUACUACUUCUACUACUACUACAACACCAACAACUACUACUUCUACUACUACUACAACACCAACAACUACUACUUCAACUACUACUACUACUACUGCUGCUCCAACAACAACAUCGUCGACAACACCGUCUACCACAACGACAACCACUACGUCGACAAUACCCCCGACGUCUACUACAACCAGUAGACCAACGACCACCUCGACAACUACCACAUUCGCACCAACUACUUCUUCACCGGCAUCCUCAUCAUCACCACCGACGACCAACACAAUCAGUGAAUCAACACUGCCACCAGUGACGACAAUAGACAUCCCUCGUCAAACGGCAUUCGGAACUACCUUUGAUGAUCUAGCUUUCCUUAACUCGCUGCUCCAGUCCCAUGACAAUUUAAAUUCAAUAGGAUCUACUCCAAAGACGUUGACCGAGGUCGAGCGGCAGUUAGCAAACAAGAUUUUAUCAUUAGCGCUUAGUAAAGCAGCCGGACCAACACGUUCACCCAAAGCCAUUCAACCAUCAAAUAUUUCGCCGAAUUCAUUGGAGGCAUUUCCUCGGGCAAGUUUCGGUCACUCGUCGUCGCCGCCGAUAAUAAUCGAUUUACUGCAGCCGACAUCAAAAAAACCAGUAGCGAGAAUCACGACUUCAGAACCAUUCACUUGGAAACCGGUGACUGACGUCACUUCAACAACACCAACGAGCAAAACAACCAGUUCGAAACCUACCAUAUCAACUUCAACUACCAGUACCAGUACCAGUACCAGUACCAGUACAACAACUCCUCUAAGUACAACUACAAGUACCACCAGCACAUCAUCAACAACUGUAACACCUUCUACCCAAGUUACGUGGAAACCAUUUCCAACGCAUCCACCUACUUUAAAAUCUGUAGAAAGUAUUCCUGUUACUAAAAAACAAACUUAUGUAAAAACAACUACGGGAAAUUCAAUAAAUAGACCCAAGUCAACGACUCCAGCACCAUUGGGACUGGGAGCUAGUUUACUGCAGGCGAUAUUUGGACGAAAUAUUUUUGCCCCAGCAACAACGCAACGACCUAUAAUCAGAAGGCCCCCGCAGACUACCAAGAAACCUAUAGUGACAACAACCUCCAGACCCGUACAAAUCACGGAAUUAGUUAUUCCAACACCGGCUAUUCGGAAUCAAGUUCAAGCGGCUUCUCAGCAUGUAGAUGAUGUCAGAUUUUUAAAUUCUUUAUUAAAAGACGGCAAAGUCAGUUCGUCGACUUUUUCACCAGAAGAUGACGCUAAAUUUUUACUCGAACUUUUGGAUGAUACUCAAAAAAAUGCUAAAAAAGGCGUGAAGGGACCGAGUGUUCUUUCGCAAGAUGAUGAAACAUUUCUUCGAUCGAUUCUCAGUGGUCAGGCUAAAGUCCGUACGCCUUCCUCAGUUUCCGGGAAUUCAGGUUCCAAUAAUGCUGCGUUACUUGCUGAACUUUUGAAAGUCCAGGGUAUUGAACCAUCAACUCCCGUAAAUCGCCUGCAAGAACAACUUCAGGGUAUUAAAGUAACUCCAAUGCCAACAAUACAAUCUACGACUAGAGUUAUCGCGACGACAAAAAAAUCAGUAACCAGGCCAAGGCCUUCUGAUUGGCAGCCGAGUUCCACUUACCCGCCGCCUCUAUUUAGCAAUUUUAAUUUUGGAUUUCCAAGGGGUGAAAGUGAUUAUGAUGAUAAUAGUUCUGGUGGGGGAGGAGUUAGGAAUCAAGUAUUGAAUGCUGCCAUUGGAGCUACCAGAGUUUUUAGUCAAUUUCUCGGUGCCGCAAUAACGGGAGCUGCACAUCAGUUGCAGUCUUUCGUGAGAAACAGUACUAAGUACGUCACAGGAGCCGUCGGCGGUUAGUCUGCAUCCUGAUCAUGGAAUCCGGCGCCAAUUGUGAAAUAAAAAAAGUUUUUUUUUUAAAUAAAAUAAAUCAACAAAUCAAUUAGAUAUGAUCUGACGAUUACUUGUAACUACCGAGACUACUCUACCGAGGCGUGAUCGUUUUAAUUUUACAUUUAAAUAAUAUGACUAUUUGUUUCUCGUUAGUUAAUUUUUAACAUUUAACCAGAUGAAAAAUUAUUAUUGUUUUUUAAGUUUAAUAUUUUUCGACGAUUUGCAAACGUUUCUAGGGUAACAUUUCAUUUUUGAAAAAGUACUCGUGAAACAUUUGCAACGUCUUAAUAAAUAAAAUAUUUUAUAUGAUAAAAAAAAAUUUUUUUGUACCUAAAAUUCUA